AUGUCAGACGCCGACACAGAAUCGCCGGCACAGCGUUCAGCUCGUCUACGCCGCGAGAAGCGCAAUGCAAAGAUCCAGGCCGAGGGCUCGGACAGACUGGCACGAAUCACACAGCUGAGUGGAAGACCAGCUCCUGCGCCUGAAGAACGCAUGUCGCAUCCAACUACACAAGCUGAGAGACCCUCUGAACUAACGCUCUGUACAGCAUCCAUGAAUCAAACUCCCACCAAGCCCGCACAAGCCACGCCAACAAAGACACCACAGCAUGCAUCCAUCGAGGACCCCGACGAGGUCGACAUUUCCGAGCACUACUGGACACCAACCCCUUCAGACCAAACUCAGCUCGCCCGCCUACAGCAGCAGCAACAGCAGCAGUCUCCAUUCGCACGACCAGGACAACAAGAUGAGGAUCCCAUGCUCAAGAUGAUGCAGUCACUGCUCAGCGGAGAUCCUUCAGCAGCAGGCGGCAUCCCAGACUCGGCCAUGGAUGAUCUGCCUCCCAUGCUCAAGGCCAUGAUGCAAGGACAACGUGCAACUCAACAGCAAGCCUCACCACCCACCGGCUCAACCUACCUCUGGCGCAUCGUUCACGCCGUCUUUGCUCUCGCUCUGGGCAUCUACAUUGCAGCCAGCGGUACAUUCAACGGCAGCAAGCUCUCACGUUCAGUUUCACUUGAAGAAUCAGACUUCGGUCCUAAGCUGUUCUACAUAUUCGCAACUGCAGAAGUCGUGUUGCAGUCCAGCAGAUACUACAUGGAGAAGGGAAGGUUGCAAGGAAGUGGAUGGUUGGCUACUGUUGCGAAUUCAGGAUUGGUGCCUCAGCCAUGGUCCAACUACAUCAGCAUGUUGGGCAGAUAUGCUGUCAUCUGGCAGACGGUCGUUGCAGAUGCCAUGGUCAUUGUCUUUGUGCUGGGCUGUCUCGCUUGGUGGAAUGGCAUGGCUACUGCUUAG